GAAAUAGAAGUGCGCACUGACUUCCUGGUGAAGCCUUUCCUGCGAAGAAUAAAAAUACACGUUUAGCAGUCCUGCUAGACCAGUUAUGGCUAGCUCUCGACGGGACAAGGAAACACCAUUUUAUUUAAAGGACGUUAUUGUUGAAGUUUUUGUUCAUGAAUAAUAGACACCUCCACGUCCAGUGCUGCAGGUGGCUGACGUGAGCUGGUAUGUCGCUGUCGUUACCUUCCGCCGACAUGCUUGAGACACCUCCGGGAUAUCCAUUUGAGGAAAUUAAUUACGAGGAUAUCGAAGUAGAGGAGGUCGUGGGGAGAGGAGCUUUUGGAGUGGUUUGCAAAGCCAAGUGGAAAGGAAAAGAUGUUGCGAUCAAGACCAUUGAAAGUGAAUCGGAGAGAAAAGCCUUUAUUGUUGAGCUUCGGCAGCUUUCUCGUGUAAAUCACCCUAAUAUUGUGAAGUUGUAUGGCUCUUGCAGUAAUCCAGUCUGUCUUGUAAUGGAAUAUGCUGAAGGGGGGUCACUGUACAAUGUGCUGCAUGGUGCUGAACCACUCCCCUGUUACUCUGCUUCCCAUGCUAUGAGCUGGUGUUUACAGUGUUCCCAGGGUGUGGCCUACCUCCAUGGCAUGAAACCAAAGGCUCUGAUCCACAGGGACCUCAAGCCACCUAAUUUGCUGCUUGUGGCUGGUGGCACUGUACUGAAGAUAUGUGACUUUGGAACAGCAUGUGACAUUCAGACUCAUAUGACAAACAACAAAGGAAGUGCAGCAUGGAUGGCGCCAGAGGUAUUUGAAGGCAACAAUUACAGCGAGAAGUGUGAUGUGUUCAGCUGGGGCAUAAUUCUCUGGGAGGUGGUCACACGUAGGAAGCCCUUCGAUGAAAUUGGAGGACCAGCUUUCCGUAUUAUGUGGGCUGUGCACAAUGGCACAAGACCACCUUUGAUAAAAAAUUUACCCAAGCCUAUUGAGAAUUUGAUGACCCGCUGCUGGUCCAAAGAUCCCUCUCAGCGGCCUUCCAUGGAGGAGAUUGUGAAAAUCAUGACUCAUCUCAUGCGGUACUUUCCAGGAUCUGAAGAACCCCUGCAAACUUCAUAUCAAUAUUCAGAUGAUGGACAGAGCAACUCUGCAACUAGCACGGGUUCGUAUGUGGACAGCACUGGCAACAAAAGUGAUGCAAACAUUGAGCGCAGUGAUUCUCAAGGUAGCAACGACACUAUUAAGAUCACACCCCAGUUUGCGCCUCACUUCAAGCCAAAGGGAGACCCUUUGAGGACGCUGCCUCUUUCCAGAGGAGGUAGUUUUGAGAGUCUGCCGGCUCGAACACAGGGCUUGACAUCCACUGAUAAUAAACGAAUGAGUGCUGACCUUUCAGAGCUCGAGCCCAAGAUGGGAUUUGUACCACCAGCACGCCCGCAGUAUAAACGAGGCCAUCGUAAAACGGCAUCAUUUGGCACCAUUCUGGAUGUUCCCAAGAUCGUCGUCACAGCCACGUGUGAGCCUCAGAGGCGCCGCUCUGUGCAGGAUUUGCCGGGCAUUGGCACAGAGUCCACUCAGGGAAGCAGGAGCAGUAGCCGAGCUUCUAGUCCCACUUUGAGGAUGAUGCCAAAACCUGAAAAGGCAAACAGCAGAGGUUACUUUUCCCCGGAUGACCCCACAGACACCAAUGGCUCAGACAAUUCAAUUCCCAUGGCGUACCUCACCUUGGAUCACCAGCUGCAGCCCCUUGCCCCAUUCCCCAACUCGAAAGAGUCCAUGGCAGUUUUUGAGCAACACUGCAAAAUGGCGCAAGAAUAUCUGAAAGUGCAAACAGAGAUUGCCCUGCUAAUCCAGAGAAAAAAGGAACUCAUUGCUGAACUGGACCAAGAUGAGAAAGACCAGCAGAACACGUCCCGUCUGGUGCAGGAGCACAAAAAACUGCAGGAAGAGCGAGAGAGUCUAUCCACAUACUACCAGAAGUGCAAAAAACAGCUGGAGCUGAUCCGGGUCCAGCAACAGAAGCGACAGGGGACCUUGUGAUCACAAAAUUUCCAUAUGUACUCCUGGCAUCCGACAGAAACGCAACACUUGACACCCCACCCCAGUCCAGUCCAGUCCAGUCCAAAGCCGCAUUCUCUGGUACCCUUUUAGCAGCCCACGGUGAAAUCAUCCUCAAAGAAUGUGGGGGGAAAAAAGCAACACGAAUGCGUCCAGAAUUCGUGAAAUGCGGAGGAUGAUCGCAACCUGUUCUGCGACGUUUGUGCGGAAACCCUGUUAAGCAAAGGUUGUACGCCCGUAUAGCGAUGGAUUUAUAUUCAGCCUCUCCUUUUCCCUUUCAGCAUUGUCCCUGGCAGACUGUGUUGAACUCCUCAUUCAGUAUUUGCUUUAAAGAUGGAUGUUUCUUAGACAUGAUAGAAAAGAAAAAGUAUGCAAAAGUAAGACAAGCUGUUUGUAUUUGACCCAAGAGUUGCUUCAUAUUAUAAAUGUUGUUUUUGUUUUUUUUUGUCUUUUCUAUUUUGUAGUUCUGUUUGGUUUAUGACAUUUUGUGGUGUGGGAAUUCUGGUUUUUCAGUUCACAUGCUGCCUUGGAAGCUGCCUGCAUUUGAAGUGCUUGACUUGUUUUAUGUGACUAUUAGAGGACGCAUUCACGUCAUGGACAUUGGACGAAACAGGUUCAUUGUGUUGCAAGUCCGAGUGACGCGCUCUCCACCCAUAAAAGACGACGGAACUGGACUGAAAAGGAGCAUCGCAGAUUUGUUUGAAAUUUGUAUUAUUCUUUAAAAUCCCUAAAUUCAUAUCCCUGAAGUGUUUUUGCACAAUCACUGUUUUAUCUGUCAAGUACAAAUCAGUCAUUGUAAUUUCAAGAAGUUGGCAAGGCUAAUUGAACCCCCCCCCCCCCCCCCCACAAGAUGCAGUUGAUGCACAUCCAUGAAUGUUAAACACUUUGUGUCAUGAUUGCUUUGCUGAUCCAUUCAUUUUACACACACGUCCUCAGCAUCUAGAAUGUGCUUUAGGUGACAGUGAGACUACGUCAUCAAUAAACUCAAUUGUGGAAAACGUUGAAGGA